CCAAAAAGGGCAAACUAAUUAGAAAGACUGGCCAGUUGUCCACCACGAGCGGACGGAAGCGAUCUCUGUUGAAAGGCCUCUCUUUGCGGAAAACAUCACCGUCGUCUGUCUGUUGGUUGCCGUCCGUGCCUUCGAACUUGCAAUGUCCGCCCCAGCUCUGCUGAUGACGAUGCUGGCCACUUGGCCUAUGCUGUCAGCACUCAUCGAAUCUGUUCCACUGCCGGGAUCUCCCGGUGUUAUGCCUGCAGCGUUAAUCGAAAUGACGAGCGUCGAACGUCGGAUCUGUAUCCAGGAGACUGGGACCAGCGAAGAAUCCAUCGAACGCUUCAACGCCCAGCCGGAUGUUUUCGCCGACGACGAUGAAAAGCUCAAGUGCUACAUGGACUGUAUGUUCCGUCGUUUGAACGUUACAAAACCGGACGGGGAGCUCGAUAUGAUUGAGCUGUACCAUUUAAUUCCGAAGGCGCUCAAAACUCCGGUCCUUAAAAUGUACAACCGAUGCCGGGAUGUUGUCGAUGGAUCGACGCCGUGUGAGAGGGCCUAUUCCCAUCACAAAUGCUGGAAACAGGCCGAGCCGGGUAGUUACUACCUCUUCUAAGCCGAUUGCCCCUGAAGACAGAAUCAGUAGUGACAGCUAUUCUUGAGAGGAUUUUCCCUGAAAAUUGCGAAGCUGUGAUUUUAAUACCGCCGAUCUGUUGCGCCGCCGCUGUCCUUUGCCAACUUGCUUGCAGGGAAGCUGACAUUGGUUAUUGUGCUGCUGUUUAACAUAGCUGCUGUAGAUGUAAUAAAACACGUUUUGUGAAAGUC